AUGCUUAAGAGUCUCUUCAUCGUUGCUUGCCUCUUUCUCUUAGGCGUCCACGCCUUACCCGCGGAGCUGUCCAACGCUGCUGCGACAUGGAACGCUACCGCCACAAAGAUAGUAGAGCGCACCGGACCCACCUUCACGCUCGACUAUAGGACGUACCCUCAGUCAUCCGAGAACAUCUGUUGUUCCUGGUUCUGUAACAACGGUCCUCGCUCUGUAGCUCCUGACCGCACCAACGCAGCUUCCCAUCGUGCUAGCAACGGUUGUGGUAACGCUAACCCAAACCGGUGCAGCGUCCGCGCGGGUCAUACUAGAGGGUACCAGUGCGAUGAAUGGCCUUGGGCAUACUCUAAUGCUGGUGGUGCGAAUGCCGCUACGAGGUGCAUUCCCACUUCGGAUAAUACCGGUAAGGUUAAUACUAAUCCCCCGGCAUUCAUGCACAUACAGAAUAGAGGCUCUCAAGCUGUUGGACGUGUUUUACAGAAUAACGUUGAUUUUGUCCAAAUCGAGAUUAGCAAUGUCCCAACAACUGCAGAAUUCUGCUUGGGAGUACGUGGAACGACUAUUACCACAGCGAUGUGUAAUCAGCAAGCUAGUGGUCAGCCGUAUUUGCAAAGGAUUGGUUGA